AUGCAGCAGCAGCAGCAGCAGCAACAGCAGCAGCAGCAGCAGCAGCAACAGAAACAGCGUAUAAGCAGCAGUAUUAACUCCCAGCAGCAGCAGCAGCUGCUGCAGCAGCAGCAGCAGAAGCUGCAACAGCAGCAGCUGCAGCAGCUGCAGCAGAAGCAGCAGCAGAAGCUGCAACAGCAGCAGCUGCAGCAGCUGCAGCAGCUGCAGCAGCAACUACAGCAACAGCAACAAAUGAGGCCCUUCCAGGUCUCUGAUCAGGGAGAGAGGAACCGGAAGGCUUUUUGA